AUGUCACUAUAUUACACCUUGGUUUUCGCCAUUCUGGUGGUCGAGAUCUUUAUGUUCUCCAUCCUCGCCAUACCAAUUCCCUCUAAAUAUCGUAGACCCCUCACCCUGCUGUUAUUAAAGCCGUUCAAAUCCCCCACAGUGCAAGUCGCGAUCAAAUGCAUACUUGGGUUCAUCCUUUUGCUUUUCGUCGACUGUAUCAAUAGGGUGUACAGCAUUGAAAAAGAGCUGCAAUUAAGCAGCGCUUCUCACAACAAUGGCGCUGUCAUCGCUCAGGAUAGAAUUGAGGUACUCUCAAGAAAAUUUUUUGCCCAAAGAAACAUGUAUCUAACAGGAAUAACUUUGUUUUUGACCUUUGUCGUCGUCAGGACAUUUGGACUAGUCAUUGAGCUAUUAACGAUGAAAGACAUUUACAGAGCGUCUCCUCCAGUGGCCUCCAGUGAUGUUAAGAAGAACGAUCCUGUCACGGCUACUGCUGCUGCUCAAUCCGGCGCUUCCAAAGAUGACCAUGGCGAUGAGAAAAAUUUUGAAAUUCUAGAGAAAAUUCAGAAUAUUGAUGAUGAAAUUUCACGUUUAAAGGAGAAGUCAGAGUCAUUACAAGAUGAAAUGAACUGA